AAUAGCCCAACAGUUAAGAUCUCACAUAUCCAAGAGGAAGAAAGGAAACUAGACUCUAGCUGUAUAGAGUGAGGACUUGUGUGUGUGUGAUUUUGAAAAGGAAACAGCACAAUGUCUUCAGCAACCGCCACAGCUGCUUUACCCAGUGGUGCUUCAGUCCUGGCUUCAUUUCCUGACAUUCUUGUUAUUCCUGAGUUUGAUGCUUUCUACCAGGUAAUUGCAUCACUUUUCUAUUUGAGUGCAGCAGUUUUGCAAGCCUACACGACGAUAGAAAUCAAAUUUUUUGUUGGUGAAUUCAAGGCAUACCAAAUAGAUAUAGCAGCUGUGGUUUUCGCAUUUGCAGUCACACUGACUUAUGUAAUCCAUAUGGUGUUCUCCCUCCUGAGAUGGAAAGCUUCUUAAACCCAAUGUUCUAUGGAUUUUACAGACAUAUUUGUUAUUUUGUAAAGAGCUUCCUUUAGAAAUCUUAAAUACACAAUAAUGUACUUUAUUACAUGUCAACAGCAAAUUUCUUUAUCAAUAUUUACCCCCAAUCGUUGAACCCCGGAUUCCAAAUCCUUGUUAGAAGAAGAGAGUGAAGGAAACUAAGUAUCUACCUUAAAAUACAUUUGUAUUACAAUGCCUUUUAAAUGGACAAUAGGCUGUAAUUUACAAUUAUGUAAAUUGUACAAUAAAAAGCUUCCAAGUUCAA